GCAUAAUGGCCAAUAGAACCAAAUUAAUGUCCCAAAUUUUUAUUAAUAAUUCUUCAUAUGGUCCCAUCCUUUUAAAUAAUAAAACAGUGAAUUUAUAUAAUAACCUUUUUGGUUUUGAUAUUACGAAGGAUAUUUUUUUUUCAGAAAGUUAUUUGUUAUCCUGUUUUAAUAAAAUUAAUAGUUAUUUUUUUAAACCAAAACCUUCUCAUACACUUAUUACUUCAAACCAAGCUCCCUUUUAUUCUCCAUAUCUUAUUAUUAAAUAUUUGUUCUUAUUUAUUAUUAAACCUGAAAUGGUUAUAGAUACCAAUUAUAUUAACCAUAAUUGUAAACUUUUAAGUAUGUAUAACCCAUUUCCCAAACUUGAUAUAGUUCUUACAAAAAACAUAGAAAGUUUAGAAAUUAUUCAAAACAAUGAUUCAAUCAUAAAUAUUAGUGGGAAAGAAAAUAUAAAAAAAUUAACUUUACAAAUGCCAAGCUUCCCUCAAGAAUUAUUUAACAAAUGCACAUUUAAAAAUUUAAAAGAAAUAGAAUUUAAAAAUAUGAAUUUUAAUGAUUUAAAUAUAAAUUUACCACAAUCUUUAACAAUUAUAUUAUUUACAAAUUGCGAAAACUAUAAAGCACCAGAUAAUUUUGGUUUAUAUUUUGAUAGUAAAACACCUACAGUUUUUUUCAAAAAUAAUAAUAAUAAUAAUAAUUCAAACUCUAAUUCUGACUUGGAGUCUGUUAAUAUAUAUUAAUAAAAAUAAAAAAUAUUUAUGAUUAUUAUUUUAAAAAU